AAGAACCAGAGUAAACUCGUAUAAAUGGAUCAGAUCGCUACGGAGACCUCAAUACCAGCGGCAAGACUUGCCGAGAUAAGGCUGUUCUCGGCGGGUACCGUGAGCCCCCCCCGGUGCUGGUUUACUGCCGGCCCCGCUAGCAACACCUCACAUCUCCUAAAUCGUCGGAGCAGACGCUUAAUUCGGCUGAAUCUUGACAAACCGACCACAGAUUUGGUGCUUAAACAACUAACUUAAUCGGCGGUUCGAUCCCUGGCUCCGCUAGUAGGCCUACGGUGAUUUGUCGUAACCCCAAAUUGCUCCCGUAGGCUGUUCCUGUAUGAAUGAUUAGAUAGUCCUGAUGGGCAGGUGGCACCUUGCAUAGCACCCCACACAAGUACAGUCUAUUUAUCAUUUCAAAGUUUAUUUUUUAAUUCAGGAAAAGGAGUAUUUUUACCACGAUGUUUACUCAAGUAAAGGAUUUUAAUCCUUUUCCCACCACUGGCCAGGCAGUACUGACUUUAUAAGAGGAGUGUCUGUGGGGGGUGGGGCCACACUGCAAAACAAAACAACCUGUGUAGCAGGUUGACCCAGUAGGCCAUUGACAGAUCAUUUCCUUGUUCCCAAACAUGAUGACAUUUCUUACCAAACCAACCAUAUCACUUUAUGUUAGAAGAGCAGUGAGGACAAGACAACUGCACCGUUUCCUCCUGACUUCCUCGUCUAAAACGUUCCUUGUAAAAGGAAGUCCAAGUCCAAGGUCACUCUGAAUGGACUUCAUUCAAACCAUCUCAGUUAUUGUCUGUCAACCUGAGAUAGUAACCAAAGCUUCCUGCUGUCAGUGCGUCAGCAUAAAGAUGACUCACCUGUACUUCACCUCUGUGGUGCUUUACUCAGAUAACACAUGAAGUCAUAAAGUUUCUGCAAUAGACUCCCUGGGUCAGAUAAUGAGAGUUGGUAAGAUAUUCUUUAUGUCCACUGUCCUUACGGUCAUGCAGUGGGGGGGGGUUAUCAUGCAUGCCAACGCUGCCAGACAUUUUGGGCAUUUACAAAAUAACGUCAGUUGGCUACAUUUUCCUUUGAUUUACAAUUUAGCUGCCGUGAUUUGGUCAUUAGUUUAUUUGUACUGUUAAAAAUGUAAACAAGUUUGACCACUGUGCAGCAGAGGUUAGAAUGCUUAGAUGUUAACAGUUGUGUAAAUAAUUGCCAUACUUUCCCAAACAAAGCGUCUGCUGUAAGAAACUCAUUCCAGGUCUAACCUGUGUAAUCCAGACCUGUGUGAUUCAUGUAUGGAUGUUGUCAUGAGGUGAAUUCCAGAGCUCGGGUGCCUCUGUGGAAUCCGGGCAGGUGGAUGAAGGACUUCCUUGUAGCAGCAGGGUGGAGACUCUGAAGGAGGCCUGUUUAAGUCUCUCUCACUUCCCCGUUGGCAGAGUGUGAAGGCAGCAGGACAGCUGCUACAAACACUGAACACUGACUGGACUCUCAUUUAGGAGCAACAGAAUGCUGUACACUGAGUUUCUGCAGCUGUGGCAUGAGGCGGUGCAGGCGGUGGAUGCCAAGGACUGGCAAGGAGCUCUGUGCAAACUGGAGCAGAUCAGUGAACCAACAUCUCGCACUCUGUUCAACGCUGCCUCCGCUCACCUGGUCCUGGGACAGCUGGACCUGGCCCUGAAGGCUUUAGACCUCACCAUUGCCAAGGACGAACGUCUUGCUGUUGGCUUCUUUCAGAGAGCAGCAGUGAUGAUGCAGAUCAACAGGUUGGAGGAGGCUCUGUCAGAUUGUAUCUGGGCACAAAAGCACAUGAGAGGAAACACGGUCAUUGACUACAAACAGCUGGGACUGAGAUUCAAACUUUACAGCUGGCAGGUGUUGUAUAAUGCAGCAGCUGUGUACUGUCGGAUGGGCCAGUGGGAGCAGGCCAGGGAGGUGCUGCUGUCAGCUUCCCAGGAGAGAGGAGGAGGUCGAGGGGGAAACCUAGAGGUGGCUUUGGACAGCGUCCAGAAGGAGGUGGUGCUGGCUCCUCUCCUGGUGCCGGAGGAUGUGGUGUUCCGUCCCAGGAAACAGGACGUGGAGCAGCUGCAGCAAAGAGACUUCCUGGGCAAAGCAAAGGUGAUCUCCUCUGUGAUUCCCAAUGAUGACUUUGGAGGCUUUGAACCUCUGAGGCUGCAGAAACCUGGUUUCUAUGAGCCCAAGGUGGAUGGAGCUCAGGAUUCUCGAUACAUGCGCAUGAGGAUCCCUUACAUGGCUCGGGGCCCGGGAGAGCUGACUGUGCCUGGAGGGGCCAUGGUGUUUAUAUUCGGCGAGGAGGGCAGGGAUGGGAUGGCAACUGUCAUAUAUGAUGGACAGAGAGGACUUCUGCCGAUGUCCCUGCUGGAUCCUGCAGAUGUCAAGAUGUGCAAAGGCAAAAAGGAGAAAAGAGUUCCUAGUGGGAUCCCUCUCCCACCUGGACUCAAGCCACCCACUCGCCCACAGGCCCAGCCCUGCCCUGCAGCGCCUCCUCGAGUGCGUUUUACCUCAGACACUCCACCUCCAUCCUACACCACUGUCACCCACACACCGCCGCUCGCCUCAGAGCCUCCCCGUUACACAGCCAACGCAGCCACCGAGCAGUAUGUGGGCGUGGCUCAGGGAACAGAGGCCAGCUCUUUGGUGGUGAAGGUCCACUACACGUACACCAUGGCGCUGUCGGUCCCUGUGGACACUCCCUUCCAUGAAGUGAAGGAACGUAUCGCACAGAAAUUGGGCCAGCCAUCAUCUCAGCUGCGCCUCAGACAUAAGCAGCAUGGCUCCCGGGUGCUGAUACCUCUCGGUGAGAAGUUGGAGCCAGGCCACACUGUGCAAGAGGUGGCCGAGGCUGGCAGAGCCACCCUGUGGUGCCAGACUGAAGAUCCACUGGAGAACCGCACCAUCCUCUACCAGAUGGUGGCGCUGUAUGACUACACAGCUCAGGGACCAGAGGACCUGGAGUUCAGCGAAGGAGACACCAUCGACAUCCUGGGGGAAGUUAAUGAGGAGUGGCUGGAGGGACACAGUGCCGGACGCAUCGGCAUCUUCCCCAGCUGCUUUGCCUACAACGAGAACGCCACCAUCACCCAGAGCCCCGUGUUGUAAGAGCAGAGAUGUUACUGUGAUCUCUAAUAAACCUUAACCGGCUCACACACGUACAGAAAGCAAACAAGUGGACUUAGUGCCUACUUUCCCAUGUGGUAUCACUCAUACUAAAGAUAAUAAAGUCUACUUUACUUCUUUUCUACAUCUUUUGGUAUCACUGUAAUAUUAAACUGAUGUUUAUACCAACCAUAGUGAAGUGUAUGAUAUGUUCACAUGUGGUUUCAGCAUUAUGCUCCUGUAAUAUUCCUACAGGGUUAUAUGAUCCUGUGUUAAUGGGUGUUAUGUUGUGCAAUGGGGACUAGUGUUGUCUUCAUGAAGAUGCAGACAAUGUUUGUACAUUUUAAUCCCUUAGUUAUGCUCUAAGCACUGACAUAAAUACACUGGUGGAGAAAGGAUUUUAAUAUUCCAUAUCCAAAGCGCUUAUCCUCUUCAGGGUCGCGGGCGCUGGAGCUGAUCCCAGCUGACAUUGGGCGAAGGCGGGUCCACCCUGCACAGGUUGUUCAGGCAGUGGCAGUUCAUCGAAUGUCGUUAAAGCCCCGAAAACUUUCGUUUUGAAAUCAAUUUC